AUGUCUGACGUUGAAGAAGUCCAAGAAGUUGUCGAAGAGGUUGUCGUUGAGCAAGCCGCCGAAUCCAUCACCAUUGAAGAUGCUUUGAAGGUUGUUUUGAGAACCGCUUUGAUUCACGAUGGUUUGGCCAGAGGUUUGAGAGAAUCCGCCAAGGCUUUGACCAGAGGUGAAGCUCAGUUGGUUGUUUUGGUUGACUCCGUUACUGAAGACAACAUCAUCAAGUUGGUUGAAGGUCUAGCUAACGACCCAGAAAACAAGGUUCCAUUGAUCAAGGUUGCUGACGCCAAGCAACUAGGUGAAUGGGCCGGUUUGGGUAAGAUCGACCGUGAAGGUAACGCCAGAAAGGUUGUUGGUGCUUCCGUUGUUGUUGUCAAGAACUGGGGUGCUGACACUGAAGAACGUCAAAUGAUUUUGGAACACUUCUCCCAAUAA